AUGGCACAGGGCUCAGGUAGACCGCUUGAAGAGCUGCCCGUCGAGCUCCUUCAAGCGAUCCUCGCUGCCGCGCCAGACAUCAAAACCCUGAAGGCCGCCGUCAUGACUGGACCCUGCCUGUAUAACGCCUUCAAAGGAGCAGAAGAGUUCAUCGUGCGGCCAGUCAUACUACGCCAAUUUGACACUGAUCUGCUACAUGAUGUUCUAGCAGCCCACGUAUCCAGCAAGCUUGAUAUGUCGUCAAACGAUCAUUGCAAAUACAAACUAGUUGAACGCUUCAUGGUGCCAUACCACACACGUGAUCAUGAGUAUUUCUAUGAUUUUACGGAAUGGAAGCUUUCUCAGGCUCUCCUGAUAGAUCGACUUGAUGAGGCUGUACAAUAUUUUGUCGAACGAAUGGCUACGGACGCUCUACAUGUACCUUCUGCUUCGGGCAGCGACACACCCUCCCCUGUUUUGCCGCUGUCCAAGACAGAGAGAAGCCGGAUAAGUCGCAGUCUGUAUCGGUUUCAUACAUAUUGCACCCUGCAGACAGGAUGGUCUUUUGUAAUCGCGUGGUCGAGAUUUUUUGCACCGUGGGAGAAUGAGCAACUAUACUGCAUCUAUCAAUAUUUAAUGGAUGUAGUUACACGCGUUCUGGAGGACCCUAACCUUCUCUCGAAUUGGCCACAGCAUGUCCAUGAGGGUAAGGCCUUUAUAAAUCAUAUCCAGUUUCACGUAUCUUUGGGUCUUCCCCAUGUUCGGCGACUCGCUAUUCACAAUGAAAGACACCUGCAACAGGUUGUACGUGUAAUAAGUGAAACAUCCUCGGACGACAUAUGUCUCAACUUUCUCCAAAAGGACGAAUACCUGGCUCCGCAGUCACAGUCCUGGGAGGGUCGACUGAAGUAUUUCAAUUCCGAGGACGAAGUGCGUCAUAUCCCUCGGCCAUGGUACCACGAUCCGGACAGCGGGCCAGAAGAUAUCUGGCGCUGGGCCUACCAAGAAGAAGAAGUAAGAGGCUUUGUUGGUUCCGGGCAGCAAGGACCGCUGCAGCAGUGGGUGUAUGUAAUGUGGGAUCGAUGGCGGAUCGACGAGUGGUGUGUUUUAGUCAAACCAUGGCUGACAUCUUCUCGAAGAUGGGAGUUGUAUAUGAUGAGACAGCUCGAGGAGCAGCCUAGGGCUAUAGACCUCUCGCCUCAAAUGAGAGAGCGGCUCCUUGUUCGCCGACGCAGACUCGGCCUGGAACCCAAUUUGGACCACUGGAAGGACGGGUUCUUGGAACUAUCAUUUUGA